AUGAGCACCAGCCGCCCCGAGCCGGGUGCCCGGCCCCCCCGGAGGCCCCGCCCACUGCCCCUGUCCCGGAGCUCUUCCAGCCUGCUGGGUGAAGGCCGGGGGCAGAGACCAGAGCUCCGCAAGAGUGCCAGCAGUACCGUGUGGCAGGCCCAGCCGGGCGAGGCCAGCAGCGGUCCACAGGGCCUGGAGGAAGAGGGGCAGCCCGCUGAGGGCGCGGAGCAGCCACAGGCCUCCAGCCCCCGGCCCCGCGCUGUGGGCCACUGGCGGAGCAGCACUGUGGCCAACGUGUCUACCGUGGGCGGUAGUGAUCUGUGUCGCCUGAGGGCCUCCGGUGCCGCUGCCAUGCAGAGGAGCCACUCGGACCUGGUCCGUAGCACCCAGACCCGGGGCCACAGUGUCACCCAAAAGGCCAGCCUCAGCUGCUCGGCCCUUGGCAGCUCACCUGUCCACAGGGCUCGGCUGCAGCCCAGCCGUACUUCUGGCCAGGGAGGCCAGGCCCCUGCGGGCCUAGAAAGGGACCUGGCUCCGGAGGAAGGGACUUCGAACUCAGCCUGGACACUGGGAGAGAGUCAGGUGAGGGUAACGCCCCUAGAGCUGGGAGGGACAGCUCCCCACAGCAGUAGCCCCCAGGCCGGGCCCAAAGGCACUGGGCAGCCGGCCACCACCACCUGCCACACCCUGUCCCCAGCAGCUCUACUCUGUGGUAUGAGGGAAGUGGGGACCAGUGCCUGCUGCCAUGCCCUGCCAGCCCCAGGGAUCCUGGCCUUUCCCAAACUAGUGGCAUCUGUGAGUGAGUCUGGGUUGCAGGCUCAGCAUGGGGUGCAGUUCCAGUGCAGGUUGCCUGGGGGGCUCCCUGGGCAUUCCCACUGUUGUGCCCACCACCCUUGGGGUCCCACCGGGUUAGCCACGGAGCCUGGUGCCAGGACCAAGGAUGUGUGGACCAUGACCUCAGCCAGUGACUUGGCCCCUGUGUUGGCAUCCUCUCUGUCAGCUCAGGAUGCUGGUGUGCAGGCAGUGCCCAUGGUGGUCUGCAAGGCUGUGGCCACCAGCCCGCCCCUGGAAGCCCCCAUGGCCCUGCACACAUUCCCGGAGGUAACCCUGGGGGCCGGCCUGGAGGAGGCACCCUCCCCCAUACGGGAUGUGCGAUGGGAUGCUGAGGGCAUGACCUGGGAGGUGUACGGAGCUGCAGUGGACCCUGAGGUGCUCGGCGUGGCCAUCCAGAAGCAUCUGGAGAUGCAGUUUGAGCAGCUGCAGCGGGCGCCCCCCAGCGAGGACAGCCUGUCGGCGGAGGGCCGGAGGGGGCCACUGCGAGCCGUCAUGCAGUCCCUGCGGCGCCCCAGCUGCUGCGGCUGCCCCAGCGCGGCUCCCGAGUGA